GCAGUAUGGGACUCAGCUGCUUCAAGUCCUGGAAACAUGACAGCACCGGCCACAAAGGUAACAGAGAUGUGCUGGCCAGUCCAGGCUCUUACUUCUUCCUGUCCAACAGUGCCGGUCAGGGUGACGAAUGGCUGAAGAGUCUCAAUAAGGGAGCCUGGAUCCCCUUCACAGGGGUUUUUGGUCAGCGUCUGGAGGAGACGGUUCUGUAUGAGCGGCGCUACGGGGUGCGUUUGGUUCCUCUGGUGGUGGAACAGUGUGUCACCUUCAUCCGAGAGCGUGGCCUUCAUGAGGUGGGCUUGUUUCGACAGCCUGGACAGGCCAGUCUGGUCAAAGAACUGCAGGAAGCAUUCGAUGCCGGGGAGAGACCUUCAUUUGACAGUAGCACAGACGUCCACACGGUGGCGUCACUGCUGAAGCUCUACCUCAGACAACUGCCUGAACCUCCUGUUCCUUAUAACCACUACCCAGACUUCCUGCUCUGUGGACGGAGACUGUCCACCAGUGACCGCAUGAUGGGUCUGGUGGAGUUGAGGAAUCUUCUUCAUGAGUUGCCGGUUGCGAACUUCAACCUGCUGAACUUCAUCUGUCGGUUUUUAAAUGAGGUCCAGAGUUACUCCAGCACUAAUAAAAUGAGUUGCCAGAACUUGGCCACUGUAUUUGGACCAAACAUCCUGCGUGCCAAAGCUGAGGACCCGCAAAGCAUCAUGGGAGGUGCAGCCCUGGUCCAGGUGCUGAUGCUGGAGCUCAUCAGAGAGUAUGAACCUCUGUUCUCCAAAGUGCCCCCCCCCAGCAUCAUGCGUCCUUAUGGAGGUUUGCGUGGGUCGCCCUGCGCUUCCAGACAGCCUCAGCUCCACCCCCCACCCUGUCUACGCCAGCUGUCGUUGCCUCUGAUCACAGAACGGUCCAGAGAGUCCGGACAAGCCGCCUCUGAAGGACAGGAUCACAGUUUUGUCUCUGGAAAAUCGGACCUACCUUCAUGUCAGAAGAAGCGUCUGGGUCACCGCUACACCUCCUCCCAUCCUGACAACUGCUUCUUCCCUCCACCCUCCUCCAGCCCCCUCCUUCAGCGUCCCUCCGACCAACGCAGUUUCCGUUUCCAGCACCACGCUGACCAAGAAUCAUCCCAAGCCUCGGCGACCGGCCUCCAGUCGCAGGAACUGAUGCCAGAACACAGACCCGUACUCCUGAGCUGGACCGACGCCUGGACGGGCUUGUGCGAGGUCAGCGACGAUUUCUGGAGCUCAGUGGCUGCAGCAGGACCUCCUGAUGAAGAGGGUGGAGUACCAGAGCAGGCCAGCAGAGGCAGCAGCGAGGCCCAGGAGGACAGCACCCCCUCUGCCUACGACAACCUGGAUAAAGUGUCCCUUCAUCAGACGAAAGACGGGAUCACUGGUGGCCUGUUUGAAACCGGUGUUGCACAAAAGCAUGGAGCAAAUGAAGAGAAGGGUGACGGAGAGGAGGCGGGACCACAUGUGGACUCCUCCUCCUCAUGGUCAUCCUGUGAAGUGUUGCCAUUGGAUGAAAGUGCAGAUGCUGUGGACAAAGUAGGUCCUGUCAAAUCACCAAAGAGACCGACGAGUUUACCAUCAGGUAGAAUAACGGAGAAUGGAAUCGGUGAUAACGACCAUCGUGAUAAUGACGAUGACAAAGAUGAGGAGGGCCACCACUUUAACUCUCCAACUUCCUGUUCCGAGGCCAGUGACAGCCCUUUGAGUACAGGCAGUUCGGAGGUGUUUCUCCCCUCUGGACCUCCAGAUCUCCAGGGGUCUGAGCCUCAGCUGCAGCCCAGAGACCCGCAGUCACUCCUGGCUGAGCUACAGCGACAGAUGGCCCAGCAGAAGGCCGAGUACCAGGCCAGGAUACAGAGGUUGGAGCGCUGUAACGACGUCCUGGAGCGGCAGGUGGCAGUGCUGAGGGUCAGUCUGGAGCAGCAGAAACGCAGCCAAAGCGUGGCCGAGAUCAAGAUCCGCAACAUGGAGCGGGCGAAAGCGGACGCCGACCGCCGAAACAGUACGCUGCAAAGAGAGAUGGAGCUGUUCUUCCAGAUGUACGGAGAGGUCAGACGGAGAGGUGGAGACGAAGAGGAGGAGGAGGAGGGAGAGGAGAGGACCAGCAGAGACAGAGUCUUACAGAGUCUGUGA